AGGAUCGAAUAAAGUUGUCAAAGUCUGCCAUUAAAGACCGGCCAUGACAUGUACAAAACACUGUGGUGGAAGAUGCCUUGAUUAAAAUAUUAUUACGUCACCUAACAACCGUGUCCACCCAAAAAACUAGGGAAUUCUUUGGAAGCUAUCUGAGCAGUUCAAGCUGCAUACAAUCCUCCUUUGUUUCUGAUCUGUUUCAGUCCCAAGGUGACUGAUUUAUGUCUGUUUCUCCCAUUCGGAGUAGAGCAUCCAAGCCAGGGAGGCAACUUGGAGAACUCCUCCAAGAACUGCAAGAACCUUUCAUCUUAAAGGUUUACCUUUCAGAGAGAGGAUGUGUGAAAAAGAAGUUAAUUUCAGGAGCUAACUUUAUCAACUUCAGCUGCUGCCAUGGCAAUUCAGGCAGGUUUUUACACAAGUCCGGUAGUCAAAACGAGUACAAGAAGGGUUCUCCACAAUUUCCCAAGGUACUUAAAUUUAUACUACUUAACAUGUUCUUUAAAAUAUAAGGCUUGAGAACCAGGAAUUCCUAUAAUGAUGGAAAACUUAGUGUCACGGAGAUGGACAUAAAUAACCAUGAAACAUUAGAUAGAUUUUCCUCCGCUAGCAGCGCAACACUGUAUGAUUCAUGCCCAGAUAGCGACACAGAUGAACCGCCGGUGUUUGCGGACACUUCCAUUUCUGACUGGAAACUCCACGAUGAUAAGGAAAAGAAGGCUGAUGCAGGUACAAAUUUUGAAUGGAGUUGCAUGGAAGAAAAUAAACAAUAUAGCCCUCCAUCAAUAUUAGAAGUGUCUACUUCAACGACCUCCCCACCGUAUAAUCCAGGACCAAUUGCCAGCAAAAGACUCUUAUGGCCUAAGCUGCUAAAGCUGGACUCAAUAUUCUCAACUUGGCUAUUGAAUUUACUUCUUCAAACCAGACCACUGAAAUCAAGCAGUGGGGGUUUAAAAGAACUACAAGUGCCUGAUUGGUCCAACUCAUCCUGGUCGUCAAAAUCGAAAAGGGUUCUGCAACGAAAAAAACAGCUUCUCUUUUAUUUUACUAGGGAGUCGGUAGAAAUUAACCAUGACAAGGAAGAGAGAGUCAAAGGGAUUGAAGGGUCUGCUGAGGUGAUUCGAAAGGUCAGGUGUGAUACUAUUAAGGGACGGGAAAAACGAAUGCGGAGAUGAAUCAAACAUUAAGCUAUUGUUGGAAUUAGACGUACUUAAUUCAACCGAGGAAUGGGGGAAUGAUUUUGAAUCCUGGAAAAUGAAUAUCGGGGUAGUAAUUGGAAACGCCAUUGUAGAGGAGAUUACGAAUGAAUUUGUGAAGUCCUUCCUAUAUAUAGCUAAGAUGUAAUUUGCUAACAUGUUUCAAAAUUUAAUUACAUUGCGUAGUUUUAAUUACUACUCAGCUGUUGCUGUUGCUGUUGCUGUUGCUGUUGCUGUUGCUGUCUUGUUUAGAUAUGUUACUUUAUAGAAAUAUACCUACCAAGUAGAGAAAAUAAUGAAGUUAGCUAGAAAUUUAUCUCA